AUGUCUAAAUUAAUUACUUUAAACAAUGGUUUGAAAAUGCCAAUAGUCGGUUUGGGUUGUUGGAAAAUUCCUAAUGAUACUUGUGCAGCUCAAGUUUAUGAAGCUAUAAAAUUGGGUUAUAGAGCUUUCGAUGGUGCUCAAGAUUAUGGUAAUGAAAAGGAAGUAGGUGAAGGUAUCAACCAAGCUAUCAGUGAAGGUAUUGUAAAGAGAGAGGAAUUGUUUGUCAUCUCUAAAUUAUGGAACUCUUAUCACGAUCCUAAACAUGUGAAAAUGGCUUUACAGAGAACUUUAAGUGAUAUGAAACUAGAUUAUUUGGAUUUGUACUACAUUCAUUUCCCUAUUGCUUUCAAAUUUGUUCCAUUUGAAGAAAAAUAUCCAGCAGGUUUCUAUACUGGUAAAGAAGAUGCAGAAAAAGGUAUCAUUUCCGAAGAAGUUGUGCCAUUGAUUGAUACUUAUAGGGCCAUGGAGCAGUUGGCUACAGAUGGAUUAAUUAAGUCUAUUGGUAUCUCGAACUUUAACGGUGCCUUAAUUCAAGACUUAUUGCGUAGUUGUAAAAUAAAGCCAACAUGUUUGCAAAUUGAACACCAUCCAUAUUUGACUCAACCUCAUUUGAUUGAAUACUGUAAAUUAAAUGAUAUUCAAGUGGUAGCUUACUCCUCCUUUGGUCCUCAAUCCUUCUUGGAAUUGAAUGUUCAAAAAGCUUUAGAUGCCAAAGUGUUAUUCGAACACGAAGUUAUCAAAAGCAUUGCCACUAAUCACUCCGUUGAACCUUCACAAGUGUUAUUGAGAUGGGCUACACAGAGAGGUAUUGCUAUUAUUCCAAAGUCUUCCAAGAAGGAAAGACUAUUGGAAAACUUAUUAAUUGAUGAAAAGUUAACUUUAUCAGAACAAGAAUUGAGUACUAUCUCUGACUUGAACAUUGGUUUGAGAUUUAAUGACCCAUGGGACUGGAACAACAUGAAAUUCCCAAUAUUUGCCUAA